CGGGGGGAGCCGCCGGGGCACCGGCUCGUCGGCGCGCCGCGCUCGCGCCCGGCCCGGGCGAAUGUGGGCAGCGGCGGCCGCGGGGAGCUCGGGAGCCGCGCGCGAUGUGGCAAUGGGAGGCGCGGGGGCUGACUCUGCGGCCGCGGCGGCGGCGGAGCCCGGCGUGUGAGCGCCCGGAGCCGGCGGCCAGCAGCGUCCUCGCCCCCGGAGCGCCCGGGCGCGCGCGGAGCCCGCAGCGCAGGCGGCAGCCCCGGUGCCCGCGGGGCCGGCGGCGGCGGCAACAUGGCCUCGGCGGCUAGCGCUGCCCGGCCCCAGGAGCGCGCGGGCGGCGGCGGCCGGGCCCCGGCGCGGGCGGCGGGCGGCGGGCGACGCCGACGGACCGCGGGGGUGCGCCGCGGCGCCGCGCCGGACCCGGACUAUCUGCACCGGCCCAGCUACUGCGACGCCGCCUUCGCGCUGGAGCAGAUUUCCAAGGGGAAGGCCGCCGGCCGGAAAGCGCCGCUGUGGCUGCGGGCGACGUUUCAGAGACUCUUAUUUAAGCUGGGCUGCUACAUCCAGCGCAACUGCGGCAAGUUCCUGGUGGUGGGCCUGCUCAUCUUCGGCGCCUUCGCCGUGGGGCUCAGGGCGGCCAACCUGGAGACGGACGUGGAGGAGCUGUGGGUGGAAGUUGGUGGACGAGUGAGUCGGGAGUUAAAUUACACUCGCCAGAAGAUUGGAGAAGAGGCGAUGUUCAACCCUCAGCUCAUGAUCCAGACCCCGAGAGAAGAAGGCGCGAACAUCCUGACAGCAGAGGCGCUGCGGCAGCAUCUGGACUCGGCGCUCCAGGCCAGCCGCGUGCACGUGUACAUGUACAACAGGCAGUGGAAAUUGGAACAUUUGUGUUUCAAGUCUGGAGAACUUAUCACAGAGACAGGCUAUAUGGAUCAGAUAAUAGAAUAUCUUUACCCUUGCUUAAUUAUUACGCCUUUGGACUGCUUCUGGGAAGGGGCGAAGCUACAAUCCGGGACAGCAUAUUUACUAGGUAAGCCCCCUCUGCAGUGGACGAACUUUGACCCCUUGGAAUUCCUAGAAGAGUUAAAGAAAAUAAAUUAUCAAGUGGACAGCUGGGAGGAAAUGCUGAAUAAGGCUGAAGUUGGCCAUGGUUACAUGGAUCGACCCUGCCUCAAUCCAGCUGAUCCGGAGUGCCCAGCCACAGCCCCCAACAAAAACGCAACCAAACCCCUUGAUAUAGCCGUUGUUUUGAAUGGUGGAUGUCAUGGAUUAUCGAGGAAGUAUAUGCACUGGCAGGAGGAGCUGAUUGUGGGUGGCACAAUCAAGAACAGCGCUGGGAAGCUGGUCAGAGCCCAGGCCCUGCAGACCAUGUUCCAGCUAAUGACCCCCAAGCAGAUGUACGAGCACUUCAAGGGCUACGACUCUGUCUCCCACAUCAACUGGAAUGAGGACAAGGCGGCCGCCAUCCUAGAGGCCUGGCAGAGGACAUACGUGGAGGUGGUCCACCAGAGCGUCGCCCCCAACUCGACCCAGAAGGUGCUCUCCUUCACCACCACCACCCUGGACGACAUCCUGGAGUCCUUCUCAGACGUCAGCGUCAUCCGCGUGGCCAGCGGCUACCUGCUCAUGCUGGCCUACGCCUGCCUGACCAUGCUGCGCUGGGACUGCGCCCGGUCGCAGGGCGCCGUGGGGCUGGCGGGCGUCCUGCUGGUCGCGCUGUCGGUGGCUGCAGGACUGGGCCUGUGCUCAUUGAUCGGGAUUUCCUUUAACGCUGCAACGACUCAGGUUUUGCCGUUCCUUGCUCUUGGCGUUGGUGUAGACGAUGUUUUUCUCCUGGCACAUGCGUUCAGUGAAACAGGACAGAAUAAAAGAAUACCUUUUGAGGACAGAACUGGGGAGUGUCUGAAGCGCACAGGCGCCAGCGUGGCCCUCACGUCCAUCAGCAACGUCACCGCCUUCUUCAUGGCCGCGCUGAUCCCCAUCCCUGCGCUCCGGGCCUUCUCCCUGCAGGCAGCUGUGGUCGUGGUGUUCAAUUUUGCUAUGGUUCUGCUCAUUUUCCCUGCCAUUCUCAGCAUGGAUUUGUAUCGGCGCGAGGACAGAAGACUGGAUAUUUUCUGCUGUUUCACAAGCCCCUGCGUGAGCAGGGUGAUCCAGGUGGAGCCGCAGGAGAGCGCCUGCUUCCCGCCCCCGCCCUACGGUGGCCAUGGCUUCGCGCACGAGACGCAGAUCACCAUGCACUCGACAGUGCAGCUGCGCACCGAGUACGACCCUCGCACACACGUGUACUACACCACAGCCGAGCCGCGCUCUGAGAUCUCCGUGCAGCCCCUCACCCUCGCGCAGGACCCCCUCAGUGGCCAGAGCCCCGAGAGCGCCAGCUCCACCCGGGACCUGCUGUCCCAGUGCUCAGAGGCCAGCCUGCACUGCCUGGAGCCCCCCUGCACCAAGUGGACGCUGUCGUCCUUUGCCGAGAAGCACUAUGCCCCUUUCCUCCUGCGGCCGAAAGCCAAGGUGGUGGUGAUCUUCCUUUUCCUGGGCCUGCUGGGCGUCAGCCUUUACGGGACCACCCGCGUGCGUGAUGGGCUGGACCUCACGGACAUUGUGCCCCGGGAGACCCGAGAGUACGAUUUCAUUGCUGCACAGUUCAAGUACUUCUCCUUCUACAACAUGUACAUCGUCACCCAGAAGGCCGACUACCCGAACAACCAGCACCUGCUCUACGACCUCCACAGGAGCUUCAGCGACGUGAAGUACGUCAUGCUGGAGGAGAACCGGCAGCUCCCCAAGAUGUGGCUGCACUACUUCCGGGACUGGCUUCAGGGACUUCAGGAUGCCUUCGACAGUGACUGGGAAACAGGGAGAAUCAUGCCAAACAAUUACAGGAACGGAUCAGAGGACGGGGUCCUGGCCUACAAGCUCCUGGUUCAGACCGGCAGCCGUGACAAGCCCAUCGACACCAGCCAGCUGACGAAGCAGCGGCUGGUGGACGCGAACGGCAUCAUUAACCCCACGGCGUUCUACAUCUACCUGACCGCCUGGGUCAGCAACGACCCUGUGGCCUACGCCGCCUCCCAGGCCAACAUCCGGCCGCACCGCCCGGAAUGGGUACACGACAAGGCUGACUACAUGCCAGAGACCAGGCUGAGAAUCCCGGCCGCGGAGCCCAUCGAGUACGCCCAGUUUCCUUUCUACCUCAACGGCCUGCGCGACACUGCGGACUUUGUAGAAGCGAUUGAGAAAGUCCGGACCAUCUGCAACAACUACACGAGCCUGGGCCUCUCCAGCUACCCCAACGGCUACCCCUUCCUCUUCUGGGAACAGUACAUCGGCCUCCGCCACUGGCUCCUGCUGUCCAUCAGCGUGGUGCUGGCCUGCACGUUCCUGGUCUGCGCCGUCUUCCUCCUGAACCCCUGGACAGCUGGGAUCAUUGUGACCGUCCUGGCCCUGAUGACGGUAGAGCUCUUCGGCAUGAUGGGUCUCAUCGGGAUCAAGCUGAGUGCGGUCCCUGUGGUCAUCCUCGUGGCCUCCGUGGGCAUUGGCGUGGAGUUCACCGUGCACGUGGCGUUGGCCUUUCUGACAGCCAUCGGCGACAAGAACCGCAGGGCCGUGCUUGCCUUGGAGCACAUGUUCGCGCCCGUCCUGGAUGGGGCCGUGUCCACUCUGCUCGGAGUCCUGAUGCUUGCUGGGUCGGAGUUUGACUUCAUUGUCAGGUAUUUCUUUGCUGUCCUCGCCAUCCUGACGAUCCUGGGUGUUCUCAAUGGGCUGGUUUUGCUUCCAGUGCUUCUGUCCUUCUUCGGGCCGUACCCUGAGGUGACUCCGGCCGGCGGACUGGGCCGACUGCCGACCCCAUCCCCGGAGCCUCCCGCCAGCGUGGUGCGGUUCGCCGUGCCCCCGGGCUGCCCGCACGCGGGCUCCGACUCCUCAGACUCCGAGUACAGCUCCCAGACGACAGUGUCGGGCCUCAGCGAGGAGCUGCGCCACUACCAGGCCCAGCAGGAGCCCCGGGGCCCGGCCCGCCGCGUGGCCUUGGAGGCCACCGAGAACCCGGUCUUCGCCCGCUCCACCGUGGUCCGCCCCGAAGGAAGGGCCCCCCCGCGCUCCAGCCCCACACAGCGCGCCCCCCCAGACUCGGGACCCCCGCCUCGGAGGGAGCCCCCCCGGGAAAGCUCCCGGCCGCCCCCCUACCAGCCGCGCAGAGACGCCUUUGAAAUUCCUCCCGAGAGACCUCCGUGCCCGGGCCCCCGGGGAGCCCGCGCCCACGGCACCCGGCACCCGGCGUUUGCUGCCAGGGGCGGCGCCGUGCCCGGCUGCUGCCAGCCCUUCACCACGGUGACCGCCUCGGCCUCGGUGACAGUGGCCGUGCACCCGCCAGGUCCUGUGCCCGCACCCGGCUGCAUGUCCCGAGGAGGGCUGGGUCCCGGCUGUGAGGACUGCCCCGACGCGGGCCACCGGCACUUCGAGGACCCCCACGUGCCUUUCAGCAUGCGCUGUGAGAGGGGGGGCUCCAAGGCUGAAGUCAUCGAGCUGCAGGACGUGGAGUGCGAGGAGACGCCCCGGAACACAGCUCUGACAGAGGCCGAGUGAACUCGGAAGCGGAGAGGCCAAAGACCGGAAGCCCCGUCCCCACCCCCACCUCCUUCCAGAACCUUGACGAGAAGUGUUGGAAGUUAUGGAUACAGCUGCACCCAGGGGCAGCGCACUGUUACUGUAACCAAUUGUAUCAUUUUGUGAGAUAUUUCUAUAAAUAUUUAAGAGGUGUACACAUCUGUAAUAUAGGAGGAGUGAUGUAAAGUAGUGUGACGUGGCUCUCCCCACACGUGCCCCAGGGCCUUAGCACGGCCUCUCCCUGUUUGUACAGGUCUUGUGCCACAACCAACCUUAACUUACUCUUAAAUUCCAGCAUAUGUUGCUGCUGCUUAAAUAUUGUAUAAUUUACCUGUAUAAUUCUAUGCAAAUAUUGCUUAUGUAAUAGGACUAUUUUGUAAAGGUUUUUUAAAAAAUAUUUUAAAUUUGCAUAUCACAACCUGUGGUAGUCUGAAAUGUUACUGUUAACUUGCAAACACGCUAUGCGUGGUAAUUUUGUGGUUGUUUAAUGAGCAGACAUGAAGAAAGCAUGUUAACCCCGUUGGCUUCUCUGGGCAUAGGCCCAAUGACUCUCCCGUGUGGCUGCGUGUGUGGGCGUGUGUGACUUCCCAGCAUUACUGUACUGUGAUUUUUUUUUUCCUUCUCACUUUUGUAACCCUCAGUGGGUUGUGACCUUGUCAGGCUGGAGGGGUCGGGUGUCUUCACAGCUUUGGUCGCGGGUCUCUCGCCCGGAGACAGCCCGCCUCCUGCCUCAGCGGCAGAUGGUGGGCUCCUGUCUCCUGUCAGGUGGUCAGGGAGUGUCACAGGCUGGGCGAGACCCAGAGCGGCCCCUGCUGAGCAGGUCGUCUCUGCCCACCCGGCUUACUGAAGAUCUGGGGGAAGAGGCCCGCCAGGGGCUGUUCUGGGCCCUUCCGAAGCCCCCUGCUCUUAACUUGCACAGUGAUUGGCAGUUUGGGGACUGUCUCCACGUGGUGAAGGGCUCCAGCGUGGGCACGGGGACUGCUGGAGGGAGGGCUCCCAGCCCCCCUGAGCCGAGAGAGCAAGGGGCGGGUCUCCAACCAGGAUUUCUAAAAGUCCUUCAGGUUUGCUCCUGAACCCCCUGCCAGCCGCUUUCCAGGAAGCACUUGCCAUGCAGAUCAGGCCACUGAGGAGCACGGGCCUCUUCCUGGAAAGCCUGGUCCCCUGGCCCCCAGCAGCAGGGGCCUCCGCAGGGGGCUCUCUGGCCUGUGCUCCCAGCGGGCGGCUCCGCUGCUGUGGUCAGCCACUUUGCUGGUCUUACGGGGUCCAGCUCUGCCCAUUAGGGGCACGUGACACGGGCCCCCGCCCCCCACCUCAGUCACUUCCCUCCUGAGUGCUGGCUGGUGCUCCGUGGCCGCCGUCCACACGCCUGGGCUCCUGAGUCAUCGAGCACCGGGAGGACCUGGGGACUGAGGCACCGGAAUCUCGCUGUUAAAUAGUUUUAUUUUGUCUUUCUUGUUUAUUUGGAUGUUUUAAUUUUUUUAAAAGUCUGCAGAUAUUUAUGAUUUUGUAUCAUAAGAAUGUUUUCCUACAGUAUUUGUCAUGCCAGUCUAUAACAAAAAAAUGCAGGGAUUUUAUUUGUAUUUGGAAACACUAUUACAGCUAUGUUUUGAACAGAAUUUUUAUUUGUAUAGAGUGCUUACUAAUGUUAAAUAGUUCAGAGUAUAUAACAUUUUCAUUAAGGACUCAUGGUAGGAUGUAGUGUAAGGAGUUUAAAGGAAAUAAAUAUUCAAACUGGGUCUCAUUGUCUGCCAGUUUUGGUGGAAAUGGGUUUGUAUCAUUUCAGUUACAAAGAUAAAAGUAUGCCAUAUAAUUUAUUUAUAUGAAAAUUUAUUUUUGUAGUGUACAUAGUAGUCAUCAAGUCUUUUGACAGAAGUAUAUUUUUAAAGAAUUUAUAUGUGAUGACUCCAUAAUGUCUGGAACUUGGCUGAGACAUGCAUGGGGCACACUUUUCAUUGUAAAGGACAUCAAGAGAAGGAAAAUGUCUAACAGUGUUAAGAGAGUGUGAUUGAGUGAAUAUUCAUGCAAUUAUCAAACGUGUAUUAGUUACCAUUUGUGACCUCGUAUGGUUCUCAUUUUAAAACUUGGAAGGCAGAAAUGUACAAACUCUCUGAAUAUUAAUGUUAAAACACUGAUAGAAAUUCUAACAUGAAUAAAAAAUAAUAUAACUUGUUGGCUA